AUGUCGGCUCUUGUGGCAGAACUAUGGGCGUGGUACGGACUGACCAUCUUCGUUAUCGGCGCUCGCCUGGCAUCUCGAAGGCUCCUGUAUGGGACCUUCACCAAGCUUGGCGCCGAUGACUACAUUAUGGUGCUUGUCUUGAUCUCUUUUACAGUGCUUUCCGUUGGCGUUCAUAUCCUGACCUAUACCCCAACAAAUUUAAUUGAUCCAUCUGAUCCCGUCGACCUCACCCCUGAUACUGUCAAGACGAGGAUUUUCGGUUCCAAGAUGGUCAUCGUGGUCGAACAAAUGCAAAUCUUGACCAUCUGGUCUGUCAAGGCCUGUUUGCUCGUCAUGUACCACCGAUUGACAACGAGUCUGAGCCAUAACAUGGUCGUCAAGCUUGUGGCAGCAUACGUCGCCGUCGGUUUCAUCGUCAUGGAGGUACUCUUCUUUGGAGUAUGGUGCCGGCCAUUCUGGCAUUACUGGCAGGUGCCCAACGACAGCCUUGAAUGCACUGCGGAACAUAACCACAUGAUUACGAACGCUGUCGUCAACAUCUCGUCCGACAUUAUGAUUAUCAUGCUACCGAUGCCCAUCUUCAUACGGGCUAAGCUGAAGCUGAAGAGGAAGCUGACGCUUAUCGGUGUCUUUGCCUUGGGAGCAUUCACGAUUCUAUCAGCGAUUCUCAACAAGUACUACAGCUUCUCCCAAACGUAUGGAACCGAAUGGAUCUACUGGUACAUCCGCGAGGCGGCCACAGCCAUCAUCGUCGCCAAUCUGCCCUUGACCUGGACGCUGCUGCAACGAUUGUUCAACCUCGGCUCCUUCCACAGCAAAUCCUCGAACCGACGCACUACUAUGGGCCAAGGAACCUCGCGUUUCCGAUCCGUGUACGGGAACCUCAGCAGCCGCAUCAGGGAAGAGACGCAGAGCGUACGGGGUCAUACCACCAAAGAUCCCGAGUUCAAUUCAACGGACAGUCAGGAACAGAUCAACGGAUCAUACGGGAUCCCUCUGCAGAUCUACCAAAAGAACGAGGUUCACAUCACGACGGAGGCGGCGCCUGACGGUGACUCAUCACCGAAAUGGAACGCAACGGCAAUGGGGGUGACGUUUGCGAUGGAGAGUAACAGCCAUGCAAAGUCGUCUGAUGACCAAGCGUCAAAUAGUGAGACAGAGCACGGGGUUGUUACCAGAGCUUAUCACGAGGUGUAA